GGUCACAUCGACGGGUCCCAGGAGUGGAAGCUAAAGAAUUGCCAAAUGCAGAAGUGUAAUUGCGAGGACUGCGCCAAGAAGUUGAACAAGAAGGUGGUGCUCUUUGGCUUCAGGGUGCAGUGCCCCUUCUGCCGCAGGCUGCCGCCGUCCCCCAUCAGGGAGAAGCAGAUGGCGGCCAUCCGCAAGACCAACAGGGAGGAACUCGAGCGCCAGAGGGCUCCCAAGAAGCAGCUGGCGUCGGCCACUGCUGCGAGAUUUUCGACCUGUCCAAAGAAGAUCAAGCAGAAACGCAAGCGCAGCCAGGGGAAGCAGGCCAUGGGGGAGACGGAGAAGGACAGGCAGCUGGAGCACAUCGACGCGAUGGCCAGCAAGCAGCAGACGACCGAGGGCAACCUGACGGAGUUGAUCGGGUCGCUGCAGCCCGCCCUGCACACGGGCACGGAGGAGGCGCAAAACAGGGUGAAGGCCCUCAUCCAGCAGGCCGAGAAGGCCCUGACCAACGCGGAGGAGAGCCUGGUGCGACUCAAGCGCCUGAGGAACCUGGUG